UUAUAUAUAGUAAUAUACGUAUCAAUGGUGAAACGAAAACAAUUCUAAAAUGAAUUCGUAUUAUAAGGACGUCACUGUUAACUAUAGUGAUUACAUUCGUAUGAGGUUCCGUUUAUUUUUAAUUAUAACUGUUUUGUGGAUAAAUGUUUGUCCAACAAAACCCGAAGCUGUCCUGAAAGAAUUACUACCAGCGACUCGCUAUCAGACUGAAGAUCUCGCCCAGACUGUGUGCUAUCAAAUAUUUUCAGACCAGAAAUCCGUAUCCUUAUGCAAGAAUAAUUUCCAAUAUAAAAAACGGAAUGUGUUGAAUGAAAUCGAUGUGAAGAUAAAGUGUCAGUCGAAUACAACCAUAUUGGUGUCCGUCCCGCCCUCAAAGGAGUCCAUAUUGGUUGUUUUAGUCAACGAUAAAGACACAACAAUAGGAGAAGAAGAGGAAAUUUUAAAUUACAGUUUAAUAGAAGCGAAUCAAGAAUUUGGUUCAAUAUAUUACGAAUCAACAGAGUAUUAUACCAUUUGGUCGACCAUCCUAAGUAGGAGUGGUGUACCAUCAGUGUGGAGACGUGGCCCAAGAGUUAAGCCCUGGGAUAUUUUUCGUGAAAAAUUAACAUCAAAACCAUACAAAAUUGAAAUCAAUUUUCUCUACGAUACAUACGUUUAUAAUACGUAUCACAUUGAUGGAAAAUUUACAUGGAAUUCCAGUGAUUCUUAUGACUCUUGUUUCGACGUUUUGAAUUUUUGCAAUAAAAAAACUCAAGGAGAUCAUUAUGAUAGAAGAAUAAAACCUGGCCAGAAUAACACAGCGUUGAUAACGCAAUUGCCUCUUGACGACUCCUGCACCAUCAUAGUGAAUGGUGCUCAUGGUGUGACCAACCUCACUUACAGAACACCAUCAUGUUUCGAUCUAGCCGGCUGUUCUCCAUGGCCUGAAGUGGCUGAAAACGUGACCUUGGAUGCUGUUGAACGAGGCAGUGGGUGGUCAGUGCUGGUCAAAUGGUCACCGCCGCGGCACCAACCAUCUUACUAUAACAUAAGUUUGCAGGCAGAUGAAGUCUACAGAGCUAUUGUGCCGGGAAAUCAAACGGAGGCUCAGUUCGACCACGUGACGGGGACUGGCGAGUAUGAAGUAUUGAUGAGAGCAAAAAUUGAAAAUCGCACCGCCACAACCAGCCGAUGGGACAUAUUUCCUCCUCGUUCUGGUGGGGCGGCGGGUGUGUUGGUCGCGGCGGCAUUGCUGAUCCUGGCCACCGUACUCUUAGCUGCCCUGCUGUGCUGGCGACGACGCAUCCCAAGCGACUCUCAUAACUUCUAUAUACCAGGACUCCACGACAAAUUUCCUGAAAGCUGUGAUACAGAUGUCGGAGGCCCGGAGUCGGGUUCCGAGGACACGUGGGAGGUCCGUCCGGAGAGGCUUCUGCUACAUGAGGUCAUAGGAGAGGGGGCCUUCGGAGUUGUCCGCAGGGGCACACUGGCACCCGCGAAUAAAGAUGUUGCUGUCAAGAUGUUGAAAGAAUAUCCGUCAGUGGAGGAAGUGCGUUCGUUUCGGGCUGAAAUGGAACUAAUGAAGAGUGUAGGGGCGCACCCUCACGUCGUCAGUCUCCUGGGAUGCUGCAGUGGAAGACGACCCUUGAUUGUAGCGGAGUACUGCUCACGGGGGGACUUGUUGACUUACCUCAGGUGUUCCUGGGACAUGAUGGUGUCGCGUCGUAAUGCAAAAUAUUAUAAUAACAACAACAAGGAAAAUUAUCGCAACGACCUGUUCAAGAGCAAGCUGCCAGAUAUGAAAUUCGUCGCCAACCGUCUUUACGACAUCCAAGGCGUGUGUGACACGGAACUCACGAUGCUGGACCUCCUGUCGUUUUGUCGACAGAUCGCUAUGGGCAUGGAGUUCCUCGCGUCAAACAGAGUCGUCCAUAGAGACCUAGCAGCUAGGAAUAUACUAGUAACAGCCGAUAGAACCCUCAAAAUAGCAGAUUUCGGACUGUCUAGAGACGUGUAUCAGGAGAAUCAAUACAAACAGAAGGGUAACGGAAAGAUGCCCGUCAAGUGGAUGGCUCUGGAGUCCCUCACGCAUAGGAUAUUCACGACUCAAAGUGAUGUGUGGUCUUUUGGCGUGGUGGUGUGGGAGGUGGUGACUGUGGGUGGUGCGCCGUAUGCUGGUGUGGGAGCCGCUCGUCUGCCGCGACUCCUCGCCGCUGGUUACCGCAUGCCGUGCCCUCACAACUGCGGACCACAGCUUUACGAGUUAAUGCUGUCAUGUUGGCGGGACCGGCCGCGAUGUCGGCCAACGUUCACCGAGCUGGUGUCCAGACUAGACGCCCUUCUCUGUGCCAGCGCCGACCACUACCUCUCACUCAGUCUACCACUACAGGAAGACAGCCCGGAAGUACCAUCUACCACCUACAGAUAUAUGAGAAUGCUACUAAGAGGUAAACUGCGCGGUAAGAGCUACGAGCGUCCCCUGGCGCCCACGAACCAUUACACCCAGCAACCAGCGCCCACAACCCACACACCUCCAUAACCUCACUUCAUAUAAACUUACUUACGUUUAGUAUUUCCUUCUGCCUAAAUUAUUAUUUAUAUAAUUAUUAUUAAUUACAUGUAAGUUAAUCUAAGUCGUUUUCUUUAUUAUAAUAAAAGAAAAUGUUUUAUGAAAACAGCUAGUUGUAUAAAUAUCGUGCUCUAUGAACUGUAUAUUUAUAGUCUUUUGGUAAGAAUAAAAAGUGUAAUUCGGUGUAAAUAUUAAUGUUCUAUUUAAUGAAAGUUAUUUUAAACUAUAACGACAUAUUUUUGAUACGUUAUGGGGGGGGGGCACUAUUAGUUCAUAGUUUUUAUAAGAGCGAAAACUUACAAUGCGCCUGUAACAGUAUUGACCGUAUGAUGACCACUUUAUAAGUAACGUAAGCUAAAAAUAUUAUAUAGUAUUGUAAAUUAAUUUAA